AAAACAUCUUCGAUAUCUUAAGUUCUCGUACACUGACAUCGAGAUGCUACCUGAGUCAAUUGGCACCUUAUGCAAAUUACAAGCUCUGAUUUUAAGAGGUUGUCAAAAGCUUUCAAAGUUGCCUCAAGUUAUCACAAAGUUAAUAAGCAUACGGUUUCUUGAUAUUCGAGAUACAGGGAGUCUAAAAGAGAUGCCGUUGGGUAUCGGUAAUUUAAAGAAUCUUAUUAUCUUGUCCAAAUUUGUGGUAGGACUAGAGAAAGGGUCGCAAUUGAAAGAGUUAAAAAACUUGCCACAUCUUGAAGGAGAAUUAUUCAUAUCAAAAUUACAAAAGGUGGAAAAAGUUAUUGAUGCAGUUGAUGCUAAUUUGCUUCAAAAGCAAGGCGUUACCAACUUAUCCUUGCACUGGGAUAAACAUUUGGGAGAUCUCCAUAAUCAUGAGUGCGAAGGACAAGUGCUUGACUCUCUACGACCUCACACUAAUCUUGAAAAUCUCACGAUUUUGAACUACGGUGGUGCAAUAUUCCCAUCAUGGUUAGAUUGCACAUCCUAUUCUAAAAUAGUGUCUUUAUGCUUGUGGGAUUGUCCUAAUGUUAUAUCGUUGCCUAUGCUUGGACAACUACCUUCACUUAAGGAAUUAUCUCUUAAAGGUCUACAUGCAAUAAGAAUGAUAGGCUCUGAAUUUUACGGAGGCAGGAGGCCUUUUUCAUCCUUAACAACUUUAGGGUUCAAAGAGAUGUUAGCAUGGAAGGAUUGGUGUCCUUAUGCUGGGGGCCCAAAAGAAGAGGUCUCAUUAUUUUGUCUUAAGCAUCUUGUUGUUUGGGGUUGUCCUUUGUUGGUUGGGACAUUGCCUUGUCAACUUGAUCAUCUCGAGAAGCUUGAAAUUCAUUUAUGCCCGCAUUUGAAUAACUCAACCAAUGAUGUUUGUCUUCCAUCUCUCCAUGAGUUGUACCUUGAGGGUUGUAAUAAGGAGAUCUUGAAUAGCUUGGUCAAUCUAACUUCUUUGACCAUUCUUAUGAUUGAGAAUCUUCUAGAGCUUGUUUUCUUUGAUCAUGGGUUUAUGAGCCACUUGAUCAAGCUAAAGGAGCUUCAUAUAGGAGGGUGUGACAAGCUGAAAUACUUGUGGCAAGAUGGAAAUGAAAAACUAAAUCUAACUUGCCUCAAAGAAUUAAUCAUCGUGAGCUGUCCUCAAUUCACAUCAUUUGUGGCAGGAGAGAGGGAGAUAGAGUUGCCUUGCAACCUUGAAAGGAUGGAAUUGAGUAAUUGCAUGAGUUUAGAAAAGCUUCCAAGCAAGAUGUACAUGCUCGAUUAUUUGUCUAUUCGUCAGUGUCCAAAACUCAUAGGACCAACCAUUUCUCCAAAUGACCCUAGUAACAACAACCCACUGUCUCAACUUGAAUCUCUGUAUAUAGAUAAAUGUGAUUCUCUAAUAUCCUUUCCCUUUGCCAAUGGUAGACUUGCUACGCUAAAGACAUUUUCUAUUAAUGAGUGCAAGGGAGUGCAGUCGCUAGAAGAGAUCUCCAUAGAAUCACUCGAAAAACUGACAAUUGUAGUUGUGAGAAUCUGAGAAGCCUACCACGGUGCCUUCACACACUUCUCUCAUCUCAUUGAAGUGUAUGUAAAUAGCUGUCCAGCACUAGAGAUAGAGGACUUUCUUCCCUUUCCCCUCACCCUAUCAAGUCUUACACUUGAGAGAUGUCCAAAGAUAAAGUCUAUUGCCUGCUCUAACAAUCUCACUUUUUUGAAAAUAAGUGAGUGCCCAGCAUUGGAGAUAGAGGAUUUCCCUCCCCUUCCCACCACCCUAUCAUAUUUUUUCUCUAUAACUGUCCGAAGAUAAAGUCUCUACCAAAUCAAUGGCGUCAUCUUACAUCCCUCCGAUCCCUAUAUCUUAUUGGUUGCCAAAAUAUCAAAUGCUUGCCCAAAGGAGGCUUUCCUCCUAAUUUGCAAUGCCUUCAUAUUGUGAGGUGCGAGAAUAUGAAGCAACCAGUGAGAGAAUGGGGCUUACGCCGACUCACAUCCCUUGAGGAAUUGGGUAUUGACUUUUGCAUGGGAGGGAGGAGAGAACGUGGGGUUUCCUUCGGAGGACAAGGACGAGGAAGAUGCGUGGAAUCUUCUCUUUCCUCCCUCUCUAACUCGGCUUGAGUUGAGAAAUAUGAGGAACGUGAAAAGACUAUCAAGCGGUCUCCGCAACCAUCUCUCCUCUCUUCGGUGGUUAUUGAUUGGAGGUUGCCCCAAGUUGAGGUACUUGCCUGAGGAUGGCCUCCCUCCCUCCCUCCACCAAUUGCGCAUAUUUAGAUGCGAGAUUCUAAAAGAGCGAUGCUCAGAACUUGCUAACGACUAUUGGCCCCUCAUCCAAGAGAUCCCUGAGAUCUACAUUGAUUACUGGAUCCAAUGAAUUGGUUCAGGUAAGUUUUUUUGGGUUUUGAAGGUAUCAAUUUUCAUUAUGCUUCCUUACAAACUGAUUCUUCCCCAUGGAGAUGUUUCACACGAAUUUCUGGAAAUCCAAGAAAUCCCUAGUUUCAAAUCCAUUGAAGUGAAAUCGAUCCACUUGCUGCGAUACGUUCUUCGAUGUACAGUGAGUUUUCUAGGGUUUGGAUUUUUGGACAGGAAAUAUGGGGAAUAUGGAAAGACUACCAAUGGCGGAGGAUGUAUGAUGCAUGGAGUCUUCUUUUUCCUUCCUCUCUAAACUCUCUUUGGAUGAGAAAAUAUAAGGCAUAGGAAGACUAUCAAGUGGUCUUCAUGGCCAUCUCCCCUCUCUCAAACACUUACAUUUUAUAAGUUGCUCGAAGUUUGGGUACUUGUUAAGAGUAUGGCUUCCCUCCCUCCCUCAAAGUAUUCCGCAUGGUUCAAUGUGAAUUCCGAAGGAUGGAUCCUCUCUUGCUGGGGAAAACUAGCACCUCUUCCAAGAUAUUCCACUCAUCGUGAUUGAUUUAAUUUGGAUCCAACAAGAAGAUUUCUCUCCACUGUCUAAGUUUUGUUCUUCAGAAUAUCCCACUAUCAUCGGUAUUUGGCAAAAUCUCUUGGGAGGAUCAAAUGCAAAUACUGUUGAGGAAAGGCGAAGAGGAGCAACCAGGGAGACUACGCUUUGUUGCUUUGUUGAGUCAUCACGAAAGCCUCAUGUCUGCCACGAAGUAUGUUGAUCUAAAAUUGCCAGAAGGUCAUCAUCAUCCAAUACCACUUGCAACCCACUUAUCUCUGGUAGGCAAGUCUCGUCACCAAAACCCCGCCAAGCUGCCAGAGCUCCUGUCAUGAGCGAGUGAAGAUACAGGCACUACCAUCGCACGUGGAUUAUCCUCAUGACCUCGCAUUUGUAGAAUAUCAGCUUGUACUAUUGCGCCACCAUGACAAGUGGUCAACGCUUCCCCCAUAGUGCUGCAUUAACAUAAUCAUAGGGAUCAAUCGGGAAAAACAAAAUCAUCAAAAGGGUCACUGAAUUGUGAGAUUUGGAACAGGAAGCACCCAAGUAUUUCUUAUUGUUUUUGGUUGCAUUGGGGUAUGUAUAUAAUUCGUUCGUCUGAUUACUCUCGUAAUUGU